AUGCGGAGGAAAGGAUGCAAGAUCCUGUUAUUCCUGGACAACGCUGCGUCCCAUACCGCCAACAUGAACCUGAGCCACGUCCAGUUGAGCUUUCUUCCGGCCAACACUAUGUCCGCCCUGCAGCCACUGGACCAGGGAGUUAUUAGAGCGUUCAAUUUUGUCUACAGGAGGUUCAUGCUGCGAGUGCUGCUGACCACAAUUGAGGUGACUGACGACGCUGCCAGUGUUUGUCGCUCAUUGAUGAUCCUGGACGCCAUCAAGUGGGCAGUUAAGGCGUGGCAGGCAACACAAGCUUCAACGAUCCAGAAGUGUUUCAGAGCCUGUGGAUUCACAGCGGAGACCACAGAGACCAGUGACAACGAGUUCCCCGACAACAAUAUGCUUCUCACAGACCUGGUCCUGCAUUUCCAAUUCCAGUUGGAUGAGCUCACAUCUCUUGACACGGACGUCGAGCCUCAUUACUCCGAGUUGGAAGCAGGCAACGUCAACUGCUAUAGAGAGAACGCUGCCGCAACCGCCGCUGCCGCCGCCGAUUCCGCCGCCACCGCUGAUGAUGUGGACCAGACUCAAGAGGAAAAGCUGGAAGUGCCUCCAGUGACUCUUAAAGAGAUCCGCGACUUUGUUCUCCGUCUCCAACAGUACAGACAUGAGACGGAUGGCGACGUCCUGGCAACUGCAGACACCCUCAGCAACAGUUCUGAGAUUAAGAUCGUGAAGCAGAAAUGUGUACUGAAACAGAGAGUGAUCUCAGACUUUUUUUAG